CAAGACUUGAUAAUCCAUCUCCCAUUGGAUUGCGUGGCCCACCCAUCAAUCUAAAUCCCACACUCAAACAAACUAAGGACUAUACACCUUCGAAUCUUAUAUUAUAUAUAAUCCUAAAGAAGCCCACAAGUUUCUGAGAGCUUAAUAAACGAAGCUUGAAAUAGAAAAACGAGAUUGCCUGAGCAGGGACUGACUACCAUACCACUCUCCAUGAAGGAGAGGAAGAGUAUAGAGAUUCAGUGCUCCUCAGAAUCAAAAUCGGAUGAAUCCUUCAUUGGGUUUAGAAAGAAGAGGAUGAAGAAUAAGAGGAGAUUCAGUGAUGAGCAGAUCAGGUCGUUGGAAUCCAUGUUCGAGGAAGAGACGAAGCUCGAGCCACGGAAGAAAGUGCAACUCGCGAGGGAGCUUGGGCUGCAGCCGCGCCAGGUGGCGAUAUGGUUCCAGAACAAGAGAGCCAGGUGGAAGUCGAAGCAGCUGGAGCGGGAGUACAGCGAGCUGAGGGCGAAUUACGACGCUCUGAAGUCGAGUUUCGAGUCGCUUAAAGAGGAGAAACGAUGCCUGCUGAAGCAGUGUCAAAAGCUGGGUGCCAUGCUAGAAAAGGACCAAGAGGUGAACAGGCGGUGCAGCUCGGACUCGCUAAGGAAUGGUGACAAUGCCGACUGCAACGACCGAGAAACCACAUUGGGUGAAUAUGAAGUGAAGCCCAGCUUGUUGCUAGAGGAGGGAUCAGAUGUUAGAUUGAUAGCAUGUUCAGACCAUGAAAACUCUGUAGCCUGCGAGCAAACUAGGCCAGAAGAACUGCAACUUCCAAGCAUGGGAGAGCCUGUGAGCAGCUCACUGACAUUGCCUGAGUGGAAUGAUUUCGAUUCCUGCUGUUUCUCUGAUCAGUCUUGUAGCAGUUUGCAACUGUGGGAUUUAUGGCAUUGAAGGAAAUUAUAAAUCACAUGAGAAGUCGGCGAACAGGUUCGAAACUUUUCAUUGGAUUUUCCACUUGAGAUGUCAAGAUAAUGGAAACAAGAUUACAAACAGAUAUGUAAUGAGACGCGAGUGGACGUGUUUGUUUUGUGAUAGAGAACAGCAAGGCGAUUGGACGAUGAGCACAGUCAUGUAUAUGUAUUGAACCUUGACAUGAAGUGGUCCAGACCAGGUUUUGUUGCACCAUGUAGAAUAGUAUUUGUAGACUCAUACCAAGUUUUCACGUUC